UAGAUAAACAAGACACAUUAGAUAAAAUAUCAUGAAAAUAACGAAAAUGAAGCCAGUUGUUUUAUUACUCUCUACCAAAUGGAGAAAAUUGGAAGAAGAAGAAAUAUUUGGCCUAUUGUCACUUGAAUUAAAAGAAGAUUGAUUUAAACAUAAUUAUUAUAGUUAAAAUUUAUGGCUAAGUUGAAAGGAAGCGAUAACAUAUAGCUAUUAUAAAUAUAGAAGCAACUAUUAAAAAAAUUGGAGGUCUAUCCAACUUACGCUGGCGCGAAAUUAAAAAUGUUGUUUUUAACCAAUGAGAUUGACCAACAUGGCCGCUAACAAAUCGCCAAUAAAUUUGGUUGCAGCAUCUUUACGGCAAUUUGUAGAAAUGUCUCUUUGGAAAGAAAAUGGAGCAAAGUGCAGAUUAGUAGAUGAAAAUUCGUAUCGUGUGAAGUCUAAAAACGUGUAACCAGAAUACUGACCCAGGGCCGGCUUCUAAAAUUUGCGUAUCACCUUUAUUCUAUAGAGUUGAUUUGGUUGACGGAUGAAUAUCGCUCGAAUAGUCGGUUGUAAUAUGUCCGAGUAUCAAUAAUUAAUUUUAUUCAAAUACACUCAAUACUAAAUAGAUACAACUAACUUGAGAGAAUUGAUGUUUGAACAGCUUUACACUCCUAAAUAUUUAUUUUGCGAAUAUGGCUUUAAAAGGAAUAAAAGUUUUGGAAAUAGCAGGAUUAGCGCCAGGACCAUUUUGUGGAAUGGUCUUGUCUGAUUUUGGAGCUACUGUUAUAAGACUUGAUAAGAUCACUACUCACAGCAUAGAUUGUCUGGGCGAUGGUAAAAAAUCUAUUGCACUAAACUUAAAAGAUCCAGAAGCUAUCAAGAUUGUAAAAAUAAUUAAUCGAAGUUGUGAUGUAAUUAUAGAACCAUUUAGGGCAGGCAUUAUGGAACGAUUGGGCCUUGGGCCAGAUAUUUUAAUGAAAGACAAUCCAAGGUUAAUUUAUGCUCGAUUAUCUGGAUAUGGACAAUCAGGAUCUUAUAGUAAAAGGGCAGGCCAUGACAUUAACUAUCUGGCAUUGUCUGGUUUGCUUUCAUUCUUUGGUAGAUUUGGUGAAAAUCCCUCAUUUCCAGUUAAUUUGGUUGCUGACUUUGGCGGAGGGGGAUUAAUGUGUGCCUUAGGAAUUGUUAUAGCUCUAUUUGAACGAAGCAGGUCAAAUCUCGGGCAAAUAGUAGAUAAUAGUAUGGUUCAUGGUGCUGCAUACUUGGGUACCUUCUUAUAUAAGUCGCAAAAGUUGCCUAUAUGGGGUAACCAAAGAGGAAAAAAUAUUUUGGAUGGUGGUGCGGCAUUUUAUGAGGUUUACAAAACAAAAGAUAAAAAAUUUGUAGCUGUUGGUGCCCUAGAGCCUCAAUUUUAUAGUCAGCUACUGACAGGGUUAGGUCUUACAAUUGAGGAGGCACCACAAUUUGGAGACUUUAAUGACAUGCAUAAACUAUUUAAAACUAAAUUUCAAGAAAAAACAAGAGAAGAUUGGUGUAAAAUAUUUGAUUCUAAAGAUGCAUGUGUUACACCAGUUUUGGACCUUCAUGAGGCUCCCAAACAUUUUCACAAUGUCCACCAGCAGAUAUUUACAAAUUAUGGUGGCGAUUAUACUCCAAGCCCGGCCCCUAAACUGAGUAGGACCCCAGGAUUGUCAAGUUCAAUUAAAUCUGCUCCCAAGGUUGGUCAACAUACAAAAGAAAUUUUGGAGACUCAUGGUUUUAGUUGUCAGGAUAUUUUGCAAUUGGAAGAGAAUGGUGUGAUAAUGUGUUACAAGCCUUCAAAGUUAUAGU